AUGUUGCUGAUGAUUUUAAUGCUGUGUCUAUCCAGUGCAGAAGGAAUGAAGGUUGUGGAGUUGUCAGAUGACCCAAGAUCCAUGUCCCCUCUCGCUAUUCUCCCAAGUGUGAACUAUCAAAUCAUCAAUGCAGACUACCUCCUCCUCAGAGAGACAAGUCAGGACGUAAUGGACAACUCCAGCCUGCGGGCACAAAGGCAACCUUUCAUACUUACUGGACUGAAUGGCCAGCCAGCCAUCAAUGUCAGCUAUGGUCCCAUGUCUUUGGAGCAGUCUAUACCAUUGCAUAUGAUCCACACUGGCCCCAGGAUUCGAGCGUUUAUACUGGCCCGUCAGGUACGAUCAUCUACGCCCGCCUUGUAUGUGUUGUUUUAUGCGACUGGCAAUAGGGAUGAUACGAGCGAGGGGCCUAUUCAAAACAUCCCAGGGCAGAAUGAAGGAGGGUAUAUGUGUGUUACUCUAUACGCCUUUUGGGAAUCUAAAGAAAUCCGGGACAGCUGCUCCAUUUCGGCAGAUGGUGGCUUCUGCUUGGUGCACCUGAGGCCCGAGCCAUCGUGGUUCAACCCUGCAGGAGGCAGGUCCAGUUGGGAACAGAGAGGUGAUCAAAGAGGGAAUGUUGCUGAACUUUAUUACCAGAUCAGACCCAGUCCCAGUGGUCAAUGUGUCCCGCAAGAGAGCAAGAUAAGAAGGGGUCAACAGCAUGGUGAGCUGGGACGGCAGAUCUAUGGAACUUCCAUGAAGAAGAUUGGUACUGUAAACCUCCUGCGAUCACCUUCAGGAAACCCCACGUUUAUGCGUUUGCGCCUCGGAGGAGCUGUUAUCAUCCAGACGUCCUCAAAACCACUGAAGACCACAGACACCGCCACUUUCUAUGUGUUCCUAUCAAGUACAUCACCAGUGGAACAUUUCAUUCUGAGAGCCACAUCCAGAAAAGGGAUGUCCUUCAGCACAGCCAGACCUAGCGAUGCACACCAGUGGGACAUCACUCUGGAACCUGGCAGAGGAAGUGACGCCCAAACCAUCUCUGUGACCUGCCAGAAGAAAAGCACAUUUGCUAGCAAAAGAGGUCUGUUGGAGGUUUUGCAGCUGGACUUCGAGACAGAGGAGCAGAGUGAUCAGUUAGAGAGCCAGAUGAUCACGUGGAGGCUGGAGCUGCCUGGAAACAUGAUCCGGGAUGAAGGGACCAUGAGGAUUUACACCAUUCAGAGAGACUAUGUGGGAAUAGCGCCUCUGAUCACGGAUACAGAGCUCCUCAACACGGCCAUGCUGACGGGUAAGAGGGUUUCUGUCCCUGUGAAGGUUUUGGGAGUUGAGGCUGAUGGCUCCAUCACAGACAUCACUAACUCUUCUCGCUGCAGGUCUUCAGACCAGGAUGUCCUGAAGGUGUCUGAGAGGUGUGAUUCUGUGUACGUUAAUGGAAAGGAGACGCGUGGCAGGGUGAAGACGAUGGUGAACUUUACCUACAGUUACCUCAGUGCUCAGCUGGAGGUGAACGUGUGGACGCCUCGAUUCCCCCUGCAGAUGGAGAUGUCCGAUACAGAGCUCAGCCAGAUCAAAGCUUGGAGAGUUCCUGUCUCUGGCAGCAAAAAAGUGAGCUGGGACACUGAGGAAGAUGAUGAGAGGAAGGGUCGAGGAUGUAUGCUGCAGUAUCAGCACAGUUUGAUUCGAGUGCUUACGGUCUUCACCGCAGAAUCUCCAGAUCCGAGCAGGCCUUCUCCUGCAUACUUUCUCGGCUCGGAUUGGCAGGUUGAUGUGACGCGCCUGGUGCGCUACUUUCUGAGAGUUGGGGAUACGAGUAUUGCACGCCUCCAGGCAGGAACCGUACUGACAGGCAAGGCUGUGGGAGUCACCACCGUGCAGGUGAUGUCUCCGCUGUCAAGCUCGAUUCUGGCUGAGAGGGUGAUCCGGGUUCUGGAUGAUAAAGUCAGUAUUACAGAGCUGGGUGUGCAGCUGGUCUCUGGCCUUUCCUUGAACCUUCAGCUCAGCACAGGAAGCAACAGGGCCAUCGUUGCCAAGACGACCACACAGGAGAUAAUACACUACCCCAAGCAGGAGGCGGUGGUUGGAUGCUGGCUCAAGUUCAGCGAUGGCUCCCAAACUCCUCUUGAUCUCUAUGAUCCCAUUGGCUAUUCCCUCUCCAUCUCCUCAAUGGACCCAAAGGUGGUGUCAGUGCAGACCAUCCAGGGGUCUGUCUUUGCUGUGGUCGCUGAAGGCGAGGGACAGGGUUUAUUACUCAGAGCAGAGCUCGCCAUCUGUGAGGCCUGUCAGAAAUCCAAACGCAAGAGCAAAUUGGCUGUGGGUGGAGGAAUGGUGAAGGUGAAAUUCCCAUCAGAUGAACAGCUCUCCGGGACUGGCAAGAAAGACAGCAUUCGGGUCACAGACGAUGAGGAUAAAGAAAGCGACUCCAAAUUGACCCUCACAUCCCCUCUGAACAUUCUUCAACAUACCAUUAUGCAAGAAAGUACGACAAGUGGGAUCAAAUCGGCAACUAAAUCCAAUCUUCAGGAAGCAAUAGGAGGUGGUGUAUCCACUAUUAAGGCAAUUAACUUUGUGAAUAAAACUCUCAUCACCAAGCCCAUUGCAGACAGAGCGCUUGUUACCGUAGGCCCCAGAAGUCAAAUAAAAAACGGAUACGGAAACUUGCUGGAGAAGCCCAACUUCCCGUUUCCAGCAGAAGAACCCAAGCGAGAUCCGCCUCUAGUGGAAAGUAAUCUGAUACAGAUGUUUAGUGUGUUCUCAGACAUUGAAGUUUGCAUCUAUGCACUGGUAGGACUCUCCUGCUUGGCUAUGAUUGCAGUUUUGCUUCACUGCGCCACCAGCAGUGCACGAUCUCGCAACAGGAAGACUCCCAUUCAAUGCCAGGGUCAGCAUGAACACAGGCAUCACUGGGUUCGUCUAAGCACAGCUGCAGAGCAAAGCAGAGCUGUGCCAGUUGCAACAGCUUCCAAUCCAGGAACGCAGGCAGCUGUUGAAAUGCCAAGAGCCAUUCAGAUGCAGAACAGCGUAAACCCGGAGAUGAUCCAACCUAGAGAGAUCCCAGCUAUCGCAGGUGAGGAGAGAACUGCAACUCUGGGUCGAAGAACCAACACGCUUCCUCCAAGGCGGGAACCGAUGGCUCCGCUUCCUCCAAUGGCGGUCAGAUCAGCCACACUUUUGGCCAAGCCUGUGCGCAGCGAGCCUUUGCAUUCCCCAACAAGCAAAAGAAAUCAAGUCCAGUUCACAACCUUCACUACUCUGGACAUAAAACAUCUGGCUGCUCUCAAGAAGAGCGGACAGAACUUCAGCUGGCCCAGUCAACCGGUUGGAGCUUGUCAGGCUGCCAGUAUGAGCCAGGCUGGGUUAAAUGGUAAGGCUGAAAGGGUCAAUCAUGUACAUUUCUGUAGCCCGGUGGAAAUGUUUGGUCAGCAGGAGAACAUGGAGUCUAAAGGGUUUCUUCCAGAUGCUCCGUGGCCUGUGGUGACACCAGUGUCAAAUGUGUGAUACAGGAGAGGGUUAUUUAUACUGCAGCAAUACCAGCCUCGGUCAUACAACACAA